CUCGCUGUCGGUACAAACCGACCGCUGGAUGUCCCCAAACCUGUCAAAGUCGCUUUAGUCGUUUGGAAAAAGGUCGGCAGCAUGGAAACUCCCCACAUCUGCGGCGUUUUUGUGGACAUAUGAGCUCCAAUAAGCGACAUGGACCGUAUGUGCGUAAAGCCUAAAUGCAGAGCGCAGAGGUGGAGUUUCAGAUGAGAUACACACAAGGUGGAGAUUUCCAGAAGAUGUGGCUGGACCUCUCUUCACUUUCCCCUUUGGAAGCACCCGUUAGCCCUUUGUGGUCGCCAAUUCCAUUCGGAGGCCAGCGCUCACUCCAGGGCUCCAAUGAAUUGAUAGAUUCUCCCCGGAUGUCCUCCAUCUUCCCAGGUGUACCAGACAUCACCAUAGUCUCUGACUAUAAUAGUCAAGGGGCUUGUCACUUGAAUGCGUCUGCGUGUGUGCCAGAUGGAGUUGAUGUGCAUCACUCCUCCCUUAUCAUAGUUUCUCCUCCCGAUUCCCAAGUGAAGGCAGAUCAAAGUAGCCCUGCUCUUGGUUCGGGGCAGGGAAUUUGGAAAAUUGUGCUAGAGAAGGCGGUGAAAGAGUCGCAGUCCAGACAUGCAGCACUAAACAUCCGAGCACGGAGGCUGAAGAGGAGUGCGCAGACCCUGCUGGCGGAGAUCACCUCACUGCACUGCAGCCAGCAUUUGGAAGGGCUGAGAAAACUUUGUGUUUUAGACUCCAAAGACCCUGGAAAGCUUGCCUCACGGGCACUGCUCAGACACCUACAGCAGGAUCUGGACUCGGAGGCCACGGCCAGCAGUAGCUCUGACGAAGCACAAGAUGAGGUCAGGUCCCACAGAGGAGCCAAGACGAUCUGCAGCAGCUGUGAACACAAGUGGUUGGAAGAGAGAGCAGAGAUUGGAAGCAGAUGGAUUUGGUUGCAGCUACGUCUGGCUGACCUUGAAGGAAAGCUCGAACAACUUGGGGAACUCCACAAAAACAUUCGUUCCAAUAAGGGCGGCGUGGUGCUUGCUGAGUCCCAACCACCCACGGACAGGCAGAUCCAGCAAACUCUCUUAAAGGAAAUGGCAGGUCUUUCCUGCUCAGCCUUAGACGCUGACAUGGAACCAUGCAGCCCCAAUCGUCUUCUUUACAACAUUGAACGACAGAGUGCUCAGCUCAGCCAGAUCGUCAACACUCUGAUGCUUCCUCUCGGCUUCUCAGCACCUUCAAAACAACAGAUGUGGACUAGUGGGAGAGACAUCUCCAGUGGGGCCAGAGGAGACGUUUUUAUGCCAUGGGGAUCCAACAGAAGACUGAGGAAGCUCUAUAAGUCCGAUGUGUCGUGUGUAUGUGCUCGGACCAGACCCCUGGUCACCCACCGAAAGCCGAAAUUGUUCUUUUUCGAUUCCUACAAUGCUUGUCCACGAGACUUGCUGAAGUCCACUGCUCCUCUCUUGUGUUCUUGUCAUUCUUCUUGUGAUCCCGUGGUCCCGUGCUCUGACCCUGACUGCAGCACCAGCAGGACUUUCACCUCACUCAGAACUUCGUCUGUGUUAACACCAUCAUGUGAAAGUCCACAGAGGAGUCUGGGGAGAGAGCGAUGGUUCCAAAAACAUUUAGUCAUUGACACUAUACACAGCCACAGACACAUGCGCCAAGCCGGGCCUGGCAUGCAUCUGUCAUCAAUUAAGUUGGCUGAUUCCACACCGCAUCAACGCAGAAGAAGCAAUCAGCAAAAGAGAAAGACAAAACACACUUUCAUAAAAGGUGUGUGUAAAAAUGAGAUGUCUGAAGCCUAUCAUCUGGUGGACCCAGAGGAAAUUUUUGAUGAGAGCUUCAAAAAGGGCUUUGUAUGUCAACACAGCAACAGGAAGGUCAACGUGCCAGUGAGCAAAGUGGAGAAGAUGCUGUCCAAGCAUAUUCUCACGCCAAGUUGGCACGUUGUUGACAUCCAGUGUCUAGUUAAGGAGACUGAGAGAGACACCGAGGAGGGGCAGGUGGAAGUCCUCACUGAUGCGGUCUUUGCGCAGAGACACUUGGCUUUAGAGCUAAAGGAGAAAUUAUACUCAAAACCCUGUGGAAGGAGAACAUGCUGCAGACAUCCUACAAGACCUGGCAGCAGAUCGCGAGGCAGUGUCGGUGUGGCGUGCAAAUCACGAUUGGAGAGCUCCGUGGAGUGGAGUCAUUCACAGUUGAAGCCUGAUGAACAGCUAAGUUUAGAGCAAAGGCUGCCACAUUGGGAGCUGAGGACUUUUCCGUUAGACAAGAAUGAAGAUAAAUCCCUGCUGGAUGACAACGUGGAGACACUGCGCCCUCUAGCAGACAACACGUGUGCAUAGAACUGAGAGCAGCUGAGCAAGAGGUGCCUCACCACUUGCAUAUAAGCAUGUAAUGGACAUUUGUUAAUGUUUAAAAGGGAGUCGUGUAGCAACAGUGUUGUCAAUCCUGCCUUGGAAUUUUUUUGGGUGAAUUUUUUUUUCUGUACUUGUAUAUCCGGUAUUGAGGACAUUUUUUGCCUUGUGUCAGUUCUUUUUUUUCUCGUCAUUUUGUCGAAAAAAUUAUGUAAGGGAUGUCAUCAUAUAUCACAUAUUUUAAUUCCUUAUCCACUCAACAAACACAGUCUGGUUUUUUUUCUGCUCCAUUUUAUGCUUUCUAUAUUUGUUCAUAACUGUCACAAAAGCAUAAAUAAUUCUCUUUGAGAUGUAG